ACAAUUUUAACAUGAGAAUAAAAUCGGUAACGUUUGGAACCCUGGUCACCAGCUGGUAUAUUGUUCGAAUUGAUAAGAAUUCGAAUAUGAAAUGUCAAAAUGAGCGCACGUAUUCGCAAUGCUAUCUGUGAAAAAAUUUCCCAAGCAACACAAAUCGCACACAAUGUAUAUCACGAGUUGGAAGUACCGGCAAAACGUUCAGCUAUACUACAUUGGACUCCGCCACCCAGCAGCAUAAGCAAUGAUUUGCUCCAACUAAUACCACAUUUGCAAUAUGACAAUUCCCUUAUUAAAACAGUAAAAUUAUUACCAGCUACUGGUAAAGUUUCAGCUCGUGUGGAAUUUCAACUACAAAUGCAAUCAUUUGCAGAGUCAUUGCUAUUGGAAAAUCAAGAACCAGCCCCACGACUAGAAUCUCAUAUGGUAUUCGAUUUUAGUUCUCCCAACAUAGCCAAACCGUUCCAUGUUGGCCACUUACGUUCAACAAUCAUUGGUAACGUGCUUUCUAAUUUGCACGAACAUUUGGGUUAUCGUGUGACACGUAUCAAUUACCUUGGUGAUUGGGGAACGCAGUUUGGUUUGCUACAUUUAGGCGUUCAAAUGCUUGGUAUUACCAAUGAGCAAAUGCGUACCAAUCCAAUUGCAACACUAUAUUCAGCAUAUGUGGCAGCCAACACUGCAGCUAAAACAGAUGCGUGUAUUACGGAUAAGGCACGAGAAUGUUUCACAAAACUUGAAACUGGUGCAGACGCUGAAUUGACGCGGCAGUGGGAACAAUAUCGUAAAUAUACUGUAACUGAAUUGGAGCAGGUUUAUGCGCGGUUAGGUGUACAAUUUGAUCAAUAUGAUUGGGAAUCACAGUACUCGCAGCGACAAAUCGGCAAUGUUUUAGAGCAAUUGCAACAAAACUCACUAUUGUUAGAUGAAAGUGAUGGAAGAAAAGUAGUGGAAGUGGAUGGAAGACGUGUACCGGUAGUGAAAAGUGACGGUUCCAGUUUGUAUUUAACUCGUGACAUAGCUGCCGUACUGGAUCGGUUUCAUCGUUAUAACUUUGAACGAAUGUUCUAUGUCGUAGAAAAUGGGCAAGCGGAUCACUUUAAUGCGCUUUUCAAAACGACAGACGCACUGACAACCGAUAUACCGUUAGAGCGUAUGGUGCAUGUAAAAUUCGGUCGAAUACACGGCAUGAGCACACGUAGCGGCAAAGUAGUGUUCCUGCGUGAUGUACUGGAUGAAGCGCGAGAUUUAAUGCUGGAAAAACAGUUGCAAAGUGCUACAACUAAAGUGGAAUUGUCAAGCUCAUCCAGUGAUUAUAAAAAUAUUGCCGAUGUACUGGGUGUGUCAGCGGUUAUAACGAAUGACCUAAAACAACGUCGACAACGUGACUAUGAUUUUGAUUGGAAAAAAGCAUUACAAAUGAAUGGCGACACAGGAAUCAAACUGCAGUACACACAUUGUCGACUGCAUAGCUUGCUAAAGAAUUUGAAACAUGUCGAUACGACCAACUGCAAAGUGGAUAUAGCGCAGUUAUCAGAGCCUGAAGCGCAAAACCUCUUACAUGAAAUAGCGCGAUUUCAGCAAGCUGUAUGGAUGUCGAAGCAACAGCUCGAAGCGUGUGUGUUGGUGAAUCACCUAUUCACACUUUGUAAUUCCACUAGUCGUACUCUGAAACGUUUGAAUGUAAAAAAUGAGGAAUGUCUAAGUAAACAACAAAACCGCUUGCUCCUGUUCAACGCCGCUAAACGUAAUCUCAAUACCGGCAUGCGUAUACUAGGCUUACGUCCACUGGAACAAAUGUAGUUAUUUUAAGUUGUGCAAAAUAAUUAUAUUUGUUUGUGUACAUACAUAUACUAAAUUUAUUAUUGUACAUAAAUGUUACAACUGUUGUUUCAAAUACAGAUUUUUAUUUAACAUUA